AUGGACUCGACUAAGACGACGACGCCUCGUCUUUUCCUCCUUGUCGCUAUUUUCGUGUCUAGUGCUGUAAGUUUUCCGGCGUCCGUGCCGACGCAGUACCAGAAUUACUUGAGUGCCCAGCAGCUGACCGCACAGUACCGGCCGCAGGCAAAAGGUCUGACUGCGUACAGGCCCAUCAGACCGGCGGUCUAUCAGACCCAAAGGGACAGGGAAGGCUUGCAGACUUACGCCGGCCAGCAGCACCAGGUCGAGCAGCCCAUUCAGCAGGUUCUGAGGGCUACCAAUGUUGAUAGACAAAUCCAGAGGGCGGCUCACCAAGCUGCAGGACCGUACUACGUCCAGCAGGUGCAAUCGGCUCAGCAGCAGGGGCAAGCGCAGGAAGCCAUUGCGGCUGCGCAAAGAAAACUAACAUCGACCACCCUAAACAGGCAACCUCAACCUGUACCGGUGGCUCAAAUACCGCAACAGCAACACCAGCAGUACUUGGUGCAGACUUCCCCCCAGGUGAAAUACAGGCCUGCUAACGUGCCCGCGCAGUACAGGCAUUUGUACAGGCAGCAGGAGUUGCAGGAGCAGGAGCAGGAGAGGGAGAAUCCCGAGGAGUAUGACCACAAUCCUUCUUAUCAGUUCGGAUUUGACGUGAAGGACGACCUGUACACAAACUACCAGAACCGAAAGGAACAAAGGGAGGGUAACAAAAUUACGGGCAGCUAUUCGGUCGUCGAUUCGGACGGUUUUGUUCGAACAGUUACGUACACUGCCGAUCCGAAGGAAGGAUUCAAAGCAGAGGUCACCAGGCAACCGACUGAUAUUGUCGUCAAAAUUCCAAAGCCAGAUCCGCAGUUCCAAAAGCAAUACCUUCCAAAUGGGCAAAGGGUACAGUAUCAACCACAAGUAAGGCCAAGAUACCAGCAGCAACAUCAACCUCAGGAGCAGGAGCAGCCUCAGCAGGAAAGGCAAAAAGUCGUCUAUCGAUAUGAACAGGAAUAA